AAUUACAAUUUCAUAACACAAGCACACACUCACAAAACGCAGAUCUCUCCAGUUACACCACCUUCAUCUCCAAUUCAACAUUUGUAAGUCUUUUUCAGCAUGAUUUUUUCUCCCAAUUAUUAUAUAAGUUUUGUUUUGGUGUAAUUUGACUUAUUUCUCUAGUGGGUAUUAAAUCGUUGUUCCUAUUUUAGCUUUGAUUCUUGAUUGUAGUGUUAAGUAUCAAUAAAGGUUUGAACUUUGCACUUUGUAUACCAAUCUUUGUGAAAAGUUCAACAACAAAAAAAAAGAUGGUUAUUUGUCACACCAGAAAAAUAAAUACCAAAUUUUGGUGACUAAUUAGGUUUUACUGUUUUAGCACAUGGGUUUUUGUCAUUUUGUGUAUUAGAUGUAAAAAAGGUUUAAACUUUCACUUGAAAACAAAAAAAAAUUCUUGAAAUAUUGAUUUCUUGUGUUUAUAGAGUGUGAAAUUGAUGCUUAAUUUAAGGAGGGAUUUAGGAGAUUUUUAGAUUGACAUAGGAUAGUUUGUUUGAGAUAUAUUGAUUAAUUAUCAAUGGAGAGUAAUCUAUCAUCUGGGAAUAUGAUUUUGGGAUCGGGUGGAAGUUUCGAUUUGCAAAAUUCUAUGAGAGUUAAUCAGCAUCAACAACAACAAAACCCUUUUAAUUUCCAGCAACAACAUCAUCAGCUUAACGUUCAAUCUAGUAGACAACAAGGAGGCCUGAAUCAUCCUGUGAUCCACGAAAGUUUCCCUUUACGAAUGGGAACGAUUCAAGAAUGUAAUCGUCAUAAUCAGACGAUUUCUUUGUCUGAUUUUGGGAAAGGGGAUAGGGGAAAGAGUUCUAUAAGUGAUGAGGAUGAACCUAGUUUUAAUGAAGAUGGUCAGGAGAAUCGGAAUGAUGAAAACCGUGGGAAAAAUAUGUCACAGUGGCAUAGAGUGAAAUGGAGUGAUCCUAUGGUGAGGCUUUUGAUAACUGCGGUCUCUUAUUUAGGUGAGGAUGCUUCGGUGGAAAUUGGAGGUGGGACAAGAAGAAAGUAUUUGAAUUUGCAAAAGAAGGGUAAGUGGAAGUCUGUUUCUAAAGUUAUGGCGGAAAGGGGUCAUUUUGUUUCUCCUCAACAGUGUGAGGAUAAGUUUAAUGAUUUAAAUAAACGUUAUAAACGACUUAAUGAAAUUCUUGGUAGAGGUACUUCUUGUGAAGUUGUCGAGAAUCCUUCCCUUCUUGAUAUGAUGGAUCAUGUUUCUGAUAAAGCAAAAGAUGAAGUUAAAAAGAUUCUUAACUCUAAGCACUUGUACUAUGAAGAAAUGUGUUCGUAUCAUAACGCGAAUCGUUUGCAUCUUCCUCAUGAUCCUGAAUUGCAGCGUUCACUGAGGUUUGCACUUAGAGCUCGAGAUGAUCAUGAGAAUGAUGGAAGACGGGGGACACAUGAUGAUCUUGAUCUUGAGGAGGAGGAUCACGAUCCAUACAUAGAUGAUCAUGAUGAGUAUGAUGACCAUCAAACUCAUCAUAAUCAUGGUUUAAAUAUUGAUCACAGAGUAGCAUAUAGUGUCGGUGAGGGAUCUUCAAAAAGGGUAAAACCAAACGAGGGUUCACAACUGAAAGUGCAGGGUGACAUGAAUCAAGAAGGGAUGAAAGCAAAUCUUUUGCAAGACCAAUGGAUGAAACAUCGGUUAGUACAACUUGAAGAGCAGAAGGUACAUAUUCAAGCACAAAUGUUGGAAUUGGAGAGAGAACGGUUUAAGUGGCAAAGGUUUCGCAGGAAAAAGGAUAUGGAACUAGAGAUGAUGAAGAUGGAAAACGAGAAGAUGAAAUUGGAAAAUGAACAAAUGACGUUGGAAUUAAAGCGUAAGGAGAUGUCUACAGAUCUUAGUUAGUUUGCCUUGAUUUCAACCUAAGGUUUGCCUAAGGAUUGAUUUUUUAUUUCUCUUCUUGAUUUUCAUUUUUGGGUAGCAGCUCCUAUCUUGUUUAAAAGUUGAAAUCGUGUCUUAUUAACCACCGGUUUAAACUUUUUAUAUUCUAUGGGAUUAAUAACUACAAUCUGCAAAGUUUGGUUGUCUGGUUUUUUGGUUUAGAUUGUUUAUAGAAAUGUUAAAUGUUAUCGUC